AUGCCUGUCGCCGCGCCCAAUGUUGUCACAGAGGACCGAUCGGAGGGAGUAUUGAACCGCAGGCGCAAGUUUGAAAAUUUCCAUGCUCAGUCUGGUGUUUUCGAGAAGAAAAAAAGGUCGAAUGAUGGUAUCUGUAAAGCCGUCUUCAAGGCCUCUACCUUGGAGAGAGAACUGCGGCGGCUCAAGUCGAAGGUGUGUUCGCGUGGUGUAGAAGAGGAAAAUGAUCCUAUCAGGGGGACUGCCUUGUAA